AGCAAUUGUGUGUGCUGGAGUUUUAAGUGUCUGUGUGCUGUUUCACUAUCACAUCUGCUCUGUGGGUUACUAGGGUUUGCCAUUUGAUCCAAACUAACCGGCAAUGCAGUACUACUACCAUGAACAUUCGUUUUGCAAAUGCUACAAAUUCGAGAUACAGUGCAACUUUGAUAGGCGUAGAUAUAGAAAUCGUCAAAUGAUAAAAAACAAAUAGAAAAACAAAAUAGUAGUUGAUUCUGGGCCGCUAUAUUUGUAUUGACUCCAAAUUUAUUAAACUGAUUAUCUCUAAAUUUUUAAUGUUAAACAGUUUGAUAACCAUUACAGUGACUUGGAGGAAAAUUUCAAGUUAUUAUACUUGGAGUUUACCAUUCCGUCAAGACCUCCAAUCCAUCGUUUUAAUUAGGGUAUAUACAAUGGCAGAUGGUUUAGGUUGGUCCAUUAUUAUUGACAGGUACAAGAUAUGACCAAUCGAUUUUGCUUGCGAUUAGGUCAAGUUUAUUGUGAUGACAAACAUUACAUAAUUUGUUGGGACCUUCUAUCAUAGGCUUUGAAGUAACUAUAAUUUGAACUUUUUGAUAUAAAAUUUUACAAAUGGCAUUACGUAAAUCUAAUGUUUAUUAUGUAACAAUCACGUAGUGCUUGUUAGUCUUACGUAACAGUUAAACUAGAAGCGUUACGGAAGGUUUCCAUAACGACUUAUCAUUUUACGUAACACUAUGUUAAUAUUCAUUAUGUAAAAGCAUCGUUUAUUACAUUUGGCUUCCGUAAUGACAUUUUACAACGGUUACAUAAAAUACAUGCUCAUUACAUAAAUGUUACGUAACGAAGGUUAUUUCUUACGUAACAGUUAAAUUUGAAGUGUUACGUAAGACUUCCGUAAUGACUUACAUAAAAGGACCAUCCAUACUUCCGUAAUGACUUACACAAAAGGACUAUCCAUUACGUACGGCUUCCGUAAUGACACUUUACAACUGUUACGUAAAGUAUGCAUCUGGUACGUAAAGGUUACGAAACGAUAGUUAUUUCUUACGUAACAGUUAAAUUAGAGGCGUUACGUAAGUCUUCCGUAAUGAUUAAAAAGAUUAGGUAACGAAAGUUAAUAUUCAUUACGUAAAAUGAGUGUCUAUUACGUAAGGUUUCCGUAACGAAAAUUUUCAACUAUUACAUAAGAUAAACACACAUUACAUCAUCUUUACGUAAUGUCUAUUGUAUUUUAUGUAAUGCGACUUGUGGAACCUGUUAUAGCAGGUCAAAAAACAUCAUGUUACAAUAACUUCAAGGUAUUGUAGGAAUUUCCUACUUGAAAACUUAUGGGACCCAAAUUAACCAACCACGUUAUAUUUGAUUCGAUAUAAUCCGACCUAAGCGUCGAUUCGGUCCGAACCAAACCGUUGCGGCAAAGAAACUAUCCGGCCUACUUCCAAAUAACAUGCAUGCAAUUUUGCAUUAUAAACUACACGGUUGAAUAUGACCUUUUGACCUAUUAUUGGAGGAACUAAUCCACUUUCUUCACCGCUUCCAGCUGCUGAACUCAUUUUCUUAUCUUGAAAUAUUUUCCGAUUAAUUAACUGGCGUUGUUUCCAGCCAUUGUCAUUGACGAAUUCCAUACAAGAAAAUAGACAAAACAACUAAAAAAACCGGUUCAAUAUAUAUAUAUAACCUUUUGCCUUGCCUGUUUGUCAGUGUGCGUAUUUUGUAUUGUAUUAUUCAACAUUAGGUAGCGAUUGGGAUAUGGUUUAUGAGUGUGGAGGGUUGUUACCAGACAAGCACCUGAAGGCCGAAAGGCAAGCGUCGUCUUGCGUUGCGAGCCGCUGUCGCUCGCGUAUUAGCUUAGCUAGCUAUUGCUUUGCUGACGAGAAACAUUCCUGCCGCGCGCAAUCCGUACGCGUUUCGUCGGCCUAUUAUAUUAUAUUCCUUCUGCCACCGCAACGCAAGCCCACGCUGACGGCAACUGAUGAUGAAUAAAGAAGCUACUAGCUCGGAACUCGGUCUAUUGGUGAAUGGUAAUGUCAGAACAGAACAUCUUGAUGAUCGAAAAAUCAUAAUCACCACCGGAGCUAUGUCACAACUGAUCACAAAAUUCACUUAAGUGAACUCCAAAGACACCAAGUUCAAAUUUCCUCAGAUCGACCCCGCACAAAUCCAAAUUAGGACAAAAGACCACGAACCACCGCAAAUCAAAUUUGGAGGAAGAAAAACUAAAGGCUUCUCCGCCAACCAAAUUGAAGACUGCCCCCUGAUACCGCAGCAGUCACCAAAAUCCCUAGCCGAUUGCCCAACCGAUCGACCAGGCUCUGAUACCACUUGUACCAGACGCAACCAAAGUUGUCAGAUGUACCAGGUGUGAUCGAAAUCACCAAACUCAAACGCGAUGCAAAUCGCCAAACUCAUAUGCAAUCAAGAUUGCCAGACAUACCAAACUCCUCCAAAUCAGCUGUACCAGAAUCUCCCCUGCCUUCAAAUGCCCCUAAGGGCGGUUAACAAAUCAAAACAUGCAGCAAGUCCAACCCUUGUUGGGACUUGCCAUGCAGAACCAGCUUGGUGUUAUUUCCGUGCAUAACACCAACAUCAAAUUUACUGCUAACUCCAAGCCUACAACUCCAAAUUGACUUGCACGUUAAAUUUGCGUUCGUUCGUGUUGGUUUGGAUUAUCGAUUGCCACGCUUCUGUUCUGACAGGUAAGCAGUUCAACGGCGAGUCAUGACGUAGAAACUCGUCGCCGGAACACUUACUGAUACCGGCGGAACGUCUUUGCGUUUUGUGGGAGGUGCUAGGCCGUUAGCCUUUCUUUUUGUGAACGGUUAAGAGAACAAUCAGGGAUAUGGACAAUGGGUGGGUUGGGUGAGUAUUUGUGCAAAAUUCACUCACCCAUUGUUAUGGUGGGUGACAAAAAAAUGGCACACACCCACUAGGGAUGGCUAUAAGGUCCGGUCUGGUUAUCAUGGCCCAAAUUGAUUCGGUACCGGUCCGGUCUUUUCAGGAAUAUAAGGAUCAAGAUUGGAUUGGACACAGUCCGGUUUUGACCCGAUCCGGUCCCAAUUCGGUCUUGAUUUUAGAUUGACCUUGUGGGGAUUUGAGUGGCUUGGCCUCAAAGGGUGAGGAGUUGGUUAAGUUUUUGGUGUUGGGCUCUGUUAUUCGAUCUUUAUCCGGUUUUUGAUCCGGUCCCGAACGAUUUUUUACUUCAAAUCUAAACCCGAAUAUGGGAUUGGAUUGUUUUCUAUCCGGUCCCGGUCCGGUCUCGAUUCGGGCUAUAUAGUCCGGUGGGUGGGUUGGGUAGGUGACAAUAGAUAGUGGGUGGAUUUAGCGGUUUUGGCGGGUCAAAUUAUUUUUAAAUAAUUAUAUAAUACGAGUCAUAAAAUUUUGCAUAAACUAAUUGAAUAUCAAUUAUACAAAUUGAUAAAAUUGUUAGUUAUUAAACAUAGUUUAGUGCAUAAUCUAACAUCAAUUCUCUCAUUUGUGAACACAAAAUAUUUUAUUGAUAGUUAUCAUAUUUUAAAAUAAUUGAUUUUAUGUUAUUAGUCAAGUAAAAUCUAAAAAAGAUCAUUGUAGUUUGAUUGAAUCAAUUUUGAUUAAAGUUUUGAGAUAAGAAAAAAUGUGUUUUUAUUAUAGAAUGUGCAUUAAUGACUUAAUAUAUUAUGUGAUUUUGAGGUUAAUGACCAACCCCCACCCACCCAAAUUUAAUGGGUGACAAAAAUGAUGACUCACACCCAUCCACUACAUCCACCCAAACUUGUAAUGGGUAGGUUAUAAUCGGGUGGGUCUAGCGGUUGACCCACUCAUUGCCCAUCCCUAAGAACAACCAUCUUGUACCAAGCAUAGGCGUAAACAUUUCGUCUAAUAUUAAAUUUAUCUAAAAAAAUUAAAUAUGAUAAAAUAGUUUUUAUUAA